AUGAACGCGCCUCUCUUCCUGCUCACCGUGGCUCACUUGGUGCUCGGAGCUCAGCGCGUCUUCCUCGAGGAGGAGAUCCGGUCAGGACGCAGGACGUGCAGGCUCUACUGCCGGGUCGGGAUCGGCUUCCACCUCCAGAUCCAUCCUGACGGCAGAGUGAACGGCAGCCAUGAGCCCAACAUGCUCAGCGUCCUGGAGCUCUUCGCCAUUUCUCAGGGGGUCAUCGGCAUCAAAGGGGUCUACAGUAACAGAUUCCUCGCCAUGAACAAAAGAGGACGCCUCCACGCUACUGAGGGGUUCUCGGACGACUGUAAGUUCAGGGAGCGUUUCCAGGAGAACAGCUACAACACGUACGCCUCGGUCAUCCACAGGAACCAGCGGACGGGUCGAGACUGGUUCGUGGCCCUCAACAAGAGAGGGAAAGCUAAGAUGGGCUCCAGUCCGCGGGUCAAAUCCCAGCACGUCUCCACCCACUUCCUCCCCAGGGUCAGCCUGCAGGACUACAGAGAGCGAGGGUUCACCAUCACUGACCGCAGCAAAGAGAGGAGGAGAGCCCCGCCCCCUGCUCCGCCCAAACCUUUGACAACAACCAAUGUACACGCGGGAACGGCCCCGAGACGGACACAGGUCAAAUAUUGGCCCAAGUAUCGGUUUGGAUGAAACAGGAUAUGACAUCAGAGACGGUGGAUAUUUAUGACAAACUUUACCCGACAACAGACGAUGAUCACUUUAAAACAUUCCAGGAGAGGAAACCCCAAGGGCUGCUGGGUAGAACUGAUCCCGGUCUUUAUGUCGAUGAUGCUGUGAUGAUUUACAUGAUCUUAU